GGUACAUCCCGUUGCCCUCUUCCAGCGCCUCGCAGUGAUGUUGUGAGGGGAGUCGGACGCGGCCUUGAUAAUGGAGGGCGGUUCGGGGGGCUCCACCUCCUACUCAGGGCGCUGCUCGUCCUCUCCUUCGGCGGAGCGGCGCCCCCGCUACCAGUUCGGCCUCCAAGAGACACCGGCUAGUGCCGGCCCUACGUCUUCCUCCAACGAUGGGGCUCCCCUUCCACAGAAAAGCAAAGAGACCAGCAGCGGCCUGGAUUCCUUCUUCCUCCCAAGAGGGUUGGAAGAUUCAUACUUUGGAGACAAGAGUUCCUAUGCAGAAAACAUUAGCACAGUGAAUUUGACAAGCCCUUCUUCAACCAGAGCACAAAAUAUUCCUCAGGCCCGGAAAACACCGCUAUCAUCGGCUAGAGCAGGAUAUAGAAACUGGACUCCUUUUAUGGGAUAUUCAGUUACAUCGUCUUCAGCAGUCUCUACCCAUAGUGUUGCAUCAGUUAUUGUAGCUGUAAUAGAAGGACGAGGCCUUGCUAGAGGUGAAGUGGGAAUGGCAAGUAUUGACUUAAAAAAUCCUGAAGUUGUGCUAUCUCAGUUUGCAGACAAUACAACCUAUGCCAAGGUUAUCACCAAACUCAGAAUUUUAACACCCUUAGAAAUAAUAAUGUCAAAUACUGCAUGUGAUACAGGAAAUGCAACAAAAUUGUUCAGCUUGAUAACAGAAAAUUUCAAGAAUGUGACGUUUACUACAGUUCAAAGAAAAUACUUCAACGAAUCCAAAGGCUUGGAAUAUAUUGAACAAUUAUGUAUACCCGAAUAUUGCACUGUUCUAAUGGAAGUUCAGUCCAAGUAUUACUGUCUGGCAGCGGUUGCAGCUGUGCUGAAAUACGUUGAGUUCAUUCAAAAUUCAGUGUAUGCACCUAAGUCUCUUAAGAUUCGUUUCCAUGGAAGUGAGCAAACAGCAAUGAUUGAUUCAACAUCAGCCCUAAAUCUUGAAUUAAUAACCAACAACAGGGAUCCUAGGAAUGGUCACACUCUUUUUGGCGUUCUAAAUUAUACUAAAACACCAGGGGGAAGCAGAAGACUUAGGUCUAAUAUUCUAGAGCCUCUGGUUGAUGCGGAUACCAUUAACACAAGAUUGGAUUCUGUUCAAGAACUUCUUCAGAACGAGGAAUUCUUUUUUGGCCUUCAGUCAGUUAUUUCACGAUUCCUGGACACUGAACAACUACUUUCAGUUUUAGUUCAAAUUCCAAAACAGGAUACGUUUAAUGCAUCUGAAUCGAAGAUAACAAAUUUAAUUUAUCUGAAGCACACCCUGGAACUUGUGGAGCCUUUGAAGGAUGCUUUGAAAGUCUAUAAAACACCAUUGUUAAAGGCUUAUUAUAGUUCCUUGGAAGAUAAAAGAUUUGGAAUCAUACUUGAAAAAAUUAAAACUGUCAUUAAUGAUGAAACAAGAUAUACAAAAGGAUGUUUGAACAUGAGAACUCAGAAGUGCUAUGCAGUAAAGCCUAAUAUCAAUGAAUUUCUUGACAUAGCACGAAGAACAUACACUGAAAUUGUGGAUGAUAUUGCAGGAAUGAUAGCACAGCUUGCAGAAAAAUAUAGCCUUCCUUUGAGAACAAGUUUUAGUUCAGCUCGAGGAUUUUUUAUUCAGAUGAGUGCUGACUGUGCAGCAAUACACAAUGGUCAGCUUCCUUCAGAAUUUACCAAGAUAACUAAAAUGAAAAAUGUAUAUAACUUUACAUCACCAGAUUUAAUGAAAAUGAAUGAAAGAUGCCAAGAGUCUUUGAGAGAAAUAUAUCACAUGACCUACUUGAUAGUGUGUAAACUACUGAGUGAAAUCUAUGAACAUAUUCAUUGCCUCUACAAACUCUCUGACACUGUGUCAAUGCUAGAUAUGUUGCAGUCAUUUGCCCAUGCUUGCACACUUUCUGACUAUGUACGUCCAGAGUUUACUGAUACAUUAGCAAUAAAGCAAGGAUGGCAUCCAGUUCUUGAAAAAAUAUCUUUAGAGAAACCUGUUUGCAACAAUACUUAUAUCACAGAAGGAAGCAAUGUUGUCAUAAUUACAGGACCAAAUAUGAGUGGAAAGUCAACCUACUUAAAACAGAUAGCUCUUUCUCAGAUUAUGGCACAAAUUGGUUCUUUCGUCCCUGCAGAAUAUUCUUCUUUUAGGAUUGCUGACCAAAUAUUUACAAGAAUAGGUAUGGAUGAUGAUAUAGAAACAAAUUCAUCAACAUUCAUGCAGGAGAUGAAAGAGAUAACAUAUAUCAUACAAAAUGCUAAUGACAGAUCACUUAUCAUAAUUGAUGAGCUUGGCAGAGGUACCAGUCCUGAAGAAGGCAUUGGCAUAUGUUAUGCAGUUUGUGAAUAUCUUCUGAAUUUGAAGGCAUUUACACUCUUGGCUACCCAUUUCUUGGAAUUAUGUCAAAUUGAUACCUUAUAUCCCAAUGCAGAAAACAAUUACUUCAAAGUACAGCAUGUGAGAAGUAGUUCCGAUAUCAGGGAGAAAAUUGCUUAUACCUAUAUGCUUUCUAAGGGACAUACAGAAGAAAAAAACUAUGGAUUAAAGGCUGCAGAGGUUUCAUCUCUUCCUCCAUCGAUAAUAUGUGAUGCUAAAGAGAUCAUAACUCUUAUUUCUAGACAAAUGAUGCAACAACAAAUAAAUACUUCUGAAACAUUAAAAGAGAGGGCUAUAUACCGUUUAGCAAAUAUGUUAGUUCAAACUGCUCGUAACUCUCAACUGGAUCCAAACAGCUUGCAAAUAUACCUGAAGGCUCUAAAGAAGAAAUAUGAGACAGAUUGCCUUGUUUCUGAACAAAUCCCAAUGGAAAACCAGCAGUAAUGUAUGCCUUGGUAUGAUGGACUUCCUUAUAUAAAGCUAGAGCCGAAAGUGAUACAGACAAUGAAUUCUUUAUCAUAACUUCCAGCUGUAUUGCAUUUAACAUUUCAGAGCCAUACUUUAAAGCAGAAAAAGGAUCAGGGACAUAUCUUCUUUCUGGGUUGCCACCAUAUAAAUUUGCUGGCAUUAUUUAGUGACACUUCUACUUUAAUUUCUAAGGAUAAUAUCUUGCACAAUGAAGAACGUAAAAGCAGGAAGGUAUGUAACAGGAAUUAUGUAUCCUGUAUUCGUACAUAUAGUUGUAGUAGUAUUUAGAAGCUAGUUUUGUAAAUGUACUAUUCUGACAAAUUUCUACAGACUAUGAUUAUGCAUUUUCUGUUAUAUUCCAGUAAUGGUCCAUCACUUUUCUUUUCAAUAAAUAUUAUGUAUACUGUU